GACCUAUUGGGCUAAGUUAUCAUGGUAGGUAGUCAACAAACUAAAAACUCUGGUCUGAGACAUUGGGUUUUAUUAUGGUCAACAAACCGCUCGGUAAGUGUUGGCUUCUUCGAAAAGUGAACAGGAGUGUUCAGUUUGGCUUUUGUCCGCUUCAAAGUUCCAGUGGAAGAAUUAGGGCACGCUUUGCUCACUCAAAGUUUUCAAAAUCAUACUACAAUCUCAUACCUGCAAGCUGCCAAGUCGUCAUCGACAAUUGCAAUCUUGUUACAGAAUUGGGUAAAAUUGAAAUUUUCGGGAUAGAGUGAGCCAUGGAUCAUUUUUCGUUGAAGUGCUUGUUCUCUGCACUACAUUUUGUCCUUCCGAGAAAGACUCAUAUGCUUUGACUUUGAAAAGUCAAAUGCGCUUUUUCGCCUGUUGAACUUAUGGGGAUUUUUUUGGAAAUAUUAGAUUAUUUUUACCAUUCCCAACUCUUUCAAGCAAAUCAAUAACCCUAGUUCAAGAUUUUCAUCUGCUAUUCCCAAAUAAUGACUGCAGUUUCUGAACGUGAAGAUUCUUCAAUGCCGACCCUUACUUCUCAGUCAAGCAAUUGUCAAGCCAUUUUGAAUCCAUACAAGUAUCCAAAAUAUCUUCAGAUUAUGGUGGAAUGUAUGAAAUGUUCUUUUCUAAAUAAAGCUUUGUCAACGGCUGAAGAGGUUCCGAGGAGAAUCGUCACUUUAGCAUUCACUACAGCAAUUGUCAACAAAGGGAACGAUACAGUUUCUUUUGAACUUCAAGGUGGGAAGCGAACAACAAUUUCUAAGACAGAUUUUGCAAAACUUUUAUGUCUUCCAACUGAAGGACCAUAUGUUACUCCAACAAGUGAAGAGCUCAUUGAUGUGUUCAAUUCUAUGGGUCAUGAACCUUAUAUGAAGAAGGUAUCUGACUUCAAAAAGAGCAGGCUUCCUGCUGUUUGGAGUCUGCUAUUUGGUUUCAUUCUUCGUGGCUUAACAAGUCGUACUGGUGGAUUGGAUGCUGGACCCAAAGAGUUAUUGUCUCUUAUGUAUGGGUUAUAUAAAGGUGUGAAUGUUGAUUUUGCUACUGUGCUUUGGAAUGAAUUUGUUGAUAGUAUCAAACAUUCAAAAAGGGCAACUGAACUUUCUGCACAUAGAUUUUGGGCCUUAAUAGUUUCUCAGGCUUAUGAAUUUCACAAAAUUCCAAUUGAUGAGUCUGAAGUUCCGAAGACGCUGAUUCAUCAAAUUAGUAUUCCAACCAAAGCUGAUCAGUCUCAUUUCUCUUUUGUUGGUCAAAUUCCUGAAGAAAUGUUAAGUUUGAUUAAAUGUCCAAGUAGGAUUUUGGAUCAAUACAGGGCUUCUCUUAUUAUUCCUUACCCUGUUCGACCAACACCUCAACCACUACCUCAAGAAGAUGUUCAGAUUACAAGAGUUACAAGAAUGACUGCGCAGAAAAGAAAAACUCCAUUUGUUAAAGUUGAAGCUGUAAGAAAGUCAAAGCGAGUGAAGCAACCAAAGAUUGUUGAAGAAUCUGUUGUCGAAGAAGAGGAUGAGCAACAACAUCAUAGUGAUUCGAAUUUUGAAGAAGAUAUUCCUAUAACCACAACCCAGACAAUUGUCAAAACUUCUUUAGUGGAGACAAUUCCGAUAUCCACUUCUACAACUCCAGCCGAAACUACAUUGGUUGAGACAGUUCCCAUUUCAGAACCUGUUUUUGAAACACAUAUUUCCAAACCAAUGUCUAUCUCUGAACCUCUAACCAUUCUUGAAGAAGAAGAAGAAGAAGAGGUUGAUGGAUUUGUGCUUAAGGCCGGGGAGGAUCCUUCUUUUGAUGAUGUUGUUGAUGAUUUUGAGAUGGCUGCAUUUGGUGAAGGUUUAGUUGAUUCUGAUGAAGAGGAUGACGAAGAUGAUAAUCAGUCGAUGUCUAAAAGAGAUUUUAAGAAGUUGAAUCGUAAGCUUAAUGUUGUAUUACGAUCUCUUGAUUCCAAUACUCAAUCUGCCCAAUAUUCGAAUCAAGAAAAAAUGCUUGCUGAUUGGUCAGUCAUGCUUUCUGAUCAAAACAAAAAGAUUGAUUCAUUAACGAGUGGUUUUGAUCUUUUUAAAGCCCACGUAAAUAUUGAAAUCAAUUCCCAAAUGACGAAGGUACAAAAAGUUAUGUUAAAUGAGUGCAAAAAGCUUCUUGAUGAAAUCUCGAAGAUGAGAGAAGAGAAUGAGAAGUCUUUAAACAAGGUAUUUGGUGAUCUCAAAAGUGAACAUGAAAAUUCUCUCAAAAGUCUAAAUGAAUCUCUUACGGAAGCGAAACAGAGAGAAAUUACUUUACAAAAUGAGUUGACGAAAGCGUUAGCCCACAUUGAGUUUCUUCGCUCUUACACAAGUGUUGUUAAUCCGAUGGUAUCUUUGUCACCUUUGAAACAAGGGGGUGAAGGAGAAAGUCAGGAAUUGAAUCUCAAGAUUCAAGACAUCAUUCUUAUGUCAUCCAAAGGUACUUCUUCAUUUCAACCUUCGACAUCUGUUCCUCUUCCAUCUUUUGAAUAUACCUUACCAUAUACCAUAUCUAACACUGUUGUAUUUCCUGUUUCUACCCAAUUCAUAAAGAGUAUUCCUUUCCCAUUAUCAAAAUCUCUUUUAACUGGUUCAACUGCUGUUACUACGAUGCCUUUAUUAGGUUCUGAACCAACUUCAAAAGGAAAAGAAAAGAUAGAAGUGCUAAGUAAGGAAAAAUUGAGACAGAGAAAAACUGAGGAAAGAAAGUGUUCCCAAUUGAAUUUUGAUGCAGAGUACGUUAAAGGAGUUGCUGAAGAAGAAAAAAUGGAAGCUGAGAAUAGGGUAAAAUUGAUAAGAAGUCUGGGAUUUUCUGAAAAUACUGUGUUUGACCUUGUUCCCAAAGAAAGCUACUCAGUCAUCAAUUCUUUGGAAAAGCAAAUUGAUUUUCCUAUAUCUCCAAGGGCAUAUGGCUAUCCUAUAAUGGGUCCAAAAAUUAAUGAAAAUAUUGGGGAUUCAUUGUAUAACGAAAGACUUGUUCGUUUCUAUGCUCUUGUUGGGAAACCUUUAAAAUAUUCCUGGAGUCCAAAGAUGAUCAGAAGCGUUGAGUCUGUCAUGAAGACCGAAAGUUUUGAAAAUGUGUUUCAGAAUUUCAAGUUUGUUGUUCGGAGAGACAUUAUGGAUGAUAUUACUUUUACGAUUGCUGAUUUCCCAAAUCUGAAUCCACAUGAUUUAGUUGUUUUGCUGAAGCUUUCAAAAGAAUGGGGUUUGAAGCCAAAUUCUGUUGUGAUGCAGUCUAUCAAGGCUUUUCUCUGUUACUAUUAUAGAGACAUAGCUCGUACUGAUAUAGUCUUGGCUGGAGCUAUAAAUCAGAAAGUAAAGUUACCAAAUAAAGAUGCCGAAGGAAUGGAUAAUAUUGGUGGUGGAGAAAUGGUUACAGAACCAACAUGGGGUUCAACUUAUUCAGUUAGGGUAGCAGGUGGUAGAUCAAGGAAAGUAUUCUUCAGGAUGAAUGAGAAAGAGAGGUUCCCUAAUAACGUGUUGGAGGGAAUGAUUCAAAGGAUUAUGUUGAAUUCUAAGAAUUCCGAACCUGAGAGAAAGAAAGCUGUGGAUAUGCUAAGGUGGUGGUUGAAGGUCAGAGAAGUUUUGUUGGAACUGGUUCCUAUUUUAUUCCCAGAAUUGAAGAAAGAUUAAUAUUCAAAGUUACUGGUCACAAAGGGGGAGAUUGUUUAGUGUCGAAGUAGUUGUUGCAGUCAUAACAGAUCCCAAAUACUCAGUUUGGAUUUUUUGUCGCUUGAAAGUUCCAGUGGAAGUAGUUAGGUGCCCAAUCGACAUUAAGAAUAGCCCAUCAGUUGUUCUUAAAAGUUUCUGAUAAAAGUUUGAUAUUGUUCUUAAAGCUAAUUGAACUUUCAGUUGUACUUGUGCUGUGUAUGCUAUGGCUUUGAAAAAUCAAAUGCGUUUCUUUA